UAGGUAUAGAUGUUGAGCGAUUUUUUUUCUUGCCAUCUAUGUCAGGCAAGUAAAGAGAUCAAUUGACCGAAUUAAUCACAUGAAGUUGCCGUAAACUAGUCAUUUAAAAUUUGACAUGUAUGUAUGCAAACGAGGCGCUAGGCACUGAUUUUUUUCAUCGGUAAAACACCGGUGUUUUUUUUUUUUUUCUUUGGUCGAAGAACAUCAUUAUUUUUGUUGCGAUCGACUAGCAACAUCUCAUGUUAAAACUUUAACUUUCAAAAUAGCGUACGAUGGAUAGAUUCCCACGAUUCCUUUAUAUUUAGAUUUGAGCACACAUGCCUUCAAAUGAUUAAUCCACACAAAGAAUGAAAUUAUGGCCGAAUGGCAAAAUACAAAGUCAUCGAAGGUUACGCCAACUGGCUUCUUUUGGGCCUAGUCAUGCGAGCCCAAAGUGUGACAGAUGGGCCCGACAAUGACCCUCUACGAUGUCAACUUUAUUUGGGCUCAUAUGUGUCAGGCCCUUUCAACACCGCUCUCGGCCCAUUAGAUUCGUCUUCGUUAUUGGAUAUUUGGAAGCUCAUCGUCAUCUUCGUCUUCAACCUCUGGACCAGAAAUGGCGGGAAUCGCCUGCAUCGCGAGGCCUUCUCCAAUAACUCUGCGCUCGAUGAAAGCUCGUCGUGCGGGAUGUUGUCGCUCAAUUAAAUCGACUGGCGAGGAAGGAAGCACGGGAGCCACGCCGAAGUUGAUCAAGCUCGCUGUGAGCGGAGUCACGGAGAUUCUCAGGGUUUUGUCUCCUAUGAAGGACGACAGUUUGGAGAGUGCGAGUGACGACGAGAAAGAUGGGGUUUCUGCUUCCAGUGUCGAUGAUGUCGUGAUGAUCCUCACAGCUGAUUAUGAGAAGGCUUAUUUUGUCACCGGUACCUUUACUUCCUUUCUUUUACUCUGUAUGCUUACUGUCAACAAACAAAAUCAUCUGAGAGUUUUUACUUCUGCUAUUUACGCUGAAGAUUGCAUUUUCGAAGAUCCAACAAUUAGAUUCCGGGGUAAGGGUCUGUAUGAGCGCAACUUGAAAUUACUUGUUCCUUUCUUUGACCAUCCAUCGAUUAUAUUACACAAUAUACAAAAGGGUGAUGAUGAGACUUACAUUUUGGCUAGAUGGAAGCUCAGAACCUACUUAAAACUUCCCUGGAGACCUCUCAUUUCGAUUGAUGGGAAGACUGUUUAUGAACUUGAUGACAACUUUGUAAUGAUUAGACAUGCUGAAAGUUGGAAUGUUUCAGCUCUAGAAGCAAUUGGCCAGAUUUUUACCCCUAGCUUUGGCAGACCAAAUGAUUGAGGGUCAUUUUUACCUGCAAACUCUUGGAAAGGCUGUAUGGCAGCUUAUGGCUAGAG